AUGACAGGUGGAGAAAAUGCAGAUGGAAAAUGGAGAGAGGAAAAGAUAAAUGUAGAAGAGAGUGUGAGGACAGUGGAUUGUCUUAGAGGAAGAUUACUUGCUGAAAGAGUAGCUUCAAGAAACGCAAAAAUGGAGGCUGAACACUUGGGAAACAAGUUGAUUGAGCUUGAAAAUCUGCUGAAAAAAGAAGACAAAUCAAGAAACAGAGCAGAGAAGAAGCUAAAAUCCCUAAUGAAAAAGCUUGAAUCCAACAACAUUUCAUAUGAUUCAUCUGAAUCAGGCUUACUGGAUAGGAGUGAUAUCACCUCUACAUCAUCAUUAUCAUCUACAGCUUCUUCAAAAUCUGAAGAUAUAAGUACCAAAAAUUCCCAAAUGAAAGAUUUUCCAGUUUGUUCAGAGGAGAAUAUCAAAUUCCCAAUAGGGUUUUAUAAUUUGAAACGUAUUGAUUCACAAACAAGUCUAUCCAGUGAAAGCCAUGGCAGCAGCCCAGUAACUGUAAAGAAUUGCUCUUCAAGUGAACCUGAGAGCAAGCAAGGCCAUCACGAGGUCGCGGGACUCCUUUGUCCAGCCCUCAGAGUCGAUCCUUUUUCCGAGGUUAUCGAUCCAUUGUGUAAAAGUUCAGGAGGAUCCAGUGAACUUGAGUCCAAUCAGAAUUAUAAUAUUACCAGUACAGAUAAGCUGAGUGUGGAACCUUCUGCAGAAGAGGAAGUGAACCAAGAAAAAGGUCAAGAUCAAGAAAAUAACCAACAAAAUGAUGAAGACGAGGAAAAUCAUGUAGAUAACUCGUUGGCAUUAGUCCAGGUCGAGAAACUAGAAACGGAGCAAACCAUUGACCCAGAGGUUCUUGAUGCUACCGUGAAAGAAGUGCUUGAUGCUUUACGGCAUGCUAAAGAACAACUUCAAAGCUCAAUGGAAAGAAAACGCAGAAGCACGAACAUGAUUAAAGUUGGGUAG